AUGGGCUGUAUACUAACAGCAGUCUCGUUUCCAUGGCAAAGUGACGCAGAACUCUUACACGUACCGCUGCAAAACGGUCGGAAUCGUGUCCCGUCGCGCCCCAAUUCAUUGAUGCGCGCAGUGGGAACUGGAUCGCAUCCAACUGCCGGCAUCGGCCCAGGCGAGAGAGAGGACUGGCUCGUGCCGAGGCCGCAUGACGUCCUACCUUUAAAAAGUCAUGGAAUAGCGACUGAAAGCCUCCGAUCGCCCUGCGAUUUCGCACAGAAUCCAGCGAAGUACUUGCAGCGCACAGUGGCCCAGUGUAAGGGCAGCGUGCAACACCACGUUGUGAAGACUAUCCUGGAGCAAACAAAGAAGCACAAAAGAAAAAUGGAAACACAAGUAAAGAGAACCUAUUCCAAUAGCAGCGGCUGUGGAAGCUGCCUCUGCGCUCCGGGACUGUUGCGAUAG